GGAGGGCAGAGGAGGGGAGGCAAAACGCUGAACCCUCCUCUCCUGCCAGCUGCGAGGUAGCAACACCAGAGCCAGGCAGGCAGAGGAGCAGCGCGGGGUCCCCAUCGGGUAUUUUUGGCUGCUAAGAGCACUGCAGAGAUUGGUUGGAAUAAAGGGUGCUGCGACGCUGCUGGGGCCGGGAGCCAGCAGAGGCUGCCCCGAACCGACAGAGUGGUAGGAAGCCAGCCAGGAGGAGGAGGAGGAUGUCAGCACUCAGCGCAUUGCCUUUCCUGAAGCCCGUUCAUCUGAGGUACCCCCGAAGCUGCCCUGGGGGCCAGCGCCGUCACACCCUGCCUGCCAGCGAGUUUCGCUGCCUCAGCCCCGAGGAUGCCAUCAGCGUGUUUGAGAUAGAGCGGGAAGCCUUUAUCUCCGUCUCUGGGGACUGUCCCCUCCACCUGGAUGAGAUCCGCCACUUUCUGAACCUGUGCCCGGAGCUUUCUCUCGGCUGGUUUGAAGAAGGGCGGCUUGUGGCAUUCAUCAUCGGGUCCCUCUGGGACCAGGACAGGCUCGUCCAGGAGGCGCUGACCCUACACAAGGCGCGGGGCAGCGCCGUGCACAUCCACGUGCUGGCCGUGCACCGCACUUUCCGGCAGCAGGGCAAAGGCUCCAUCCUCAUGUGGCGGUACCUGCAGUACCUGCGGUGCCUGCCCUUUGUCCGGCGCGCCCUGCUCAUGUGCGAAGAUUUCCUCGUGCCCUUCUACCAGAAGUGCGGUUUUGAGGCACUGGGUCCCUGCGAGGUGGCCGUGGGUGACCUGGCCUUCAUCGAGAUGCAGCAUCUCGUGCGGGGACAUGCCUUCAUGCGCAGGAACAGUGGCUGCUGAGCCCGGCCAGGCAGGGUGGAGAGGGGCUGGGGGGGAUAAGUGGCAGUGACCACCUCUGUCCCCUUCCCGGCUGGCCCUGGCUACAGCUGCUCCCUCUGCCACACCUGCCUUCCAGCCAGGAGAUCAGCUUGGUUCCAUCCCAGACCUGCAGGGCUGGGGACCAGCAUCUCCCAGUUGGCCCCACUGGAAGCACCGACCUCCUGGUCUCUGCUCUAGUAGUGGCUGGGCUGGUGAUCCCAGGGGGCUGCAGGGCCACAUGCCCACAGGACACAAAGGCACCGCCCUGGGAGCAGCUGGGGCGGCUCUGCUGGUUUAAGGGCACUCACAGCCACUUUUGCUGAGAAACCCACACACCCAAGUGCUCCCAGCCCUGAGCACCCUCCCAUUGCCAACACCACCACCUCCACCACCAGUGAACCACCCCAACACCAACACCAACACCACCAUCAGCGAACCACGCCGCAUGUCACGGCCAAGCCCUCCCCCAGCAGCCCCCAGACCAGGCAGGGGUCCCAGCAGCCACUCCUCUACCCACAGCCAUCCUUCCAGACCCCUUGCCCCAGCCACACAGCCUCCCUGGGGGACCAGUCCAAACCAGUACCCCCACCCCAAACCCAUGACCGGCCCAGGACAGGCCUUCUGCAAACACCUCGGGCUGUUGUGAAGCAGCAAAUAAAGACA